GCACUCUGCUCUUUCUGCGGAUCAAACCCACACAGCCUUUCAUAGCUACCUGUCUGUGCUUCUGAGGAACCUCAUCAACAUGACUCUUGAGGAAGUUCUGACCCAGAAAUCCACUGAGCGUGCUCAGUGUACCGGCAAAGCCUUGGAAGAAGUGCUGGUUACCGCCAUGGACAACGACUCCCUCACUGUAGGAGUUUACGAGUGCGCAAAAGUGAUGAAUCUUGAUCCAGACAGUGUCUCCUUCUGCGUGCUUGCCGUGGAUGAGGAUUUCGAGUGUGACAUUGCGCUGCAGAUCCACUUCACCCUCAUCCAGUCCUUCUGCUUUGACAACGACAUCAGCAUUGUCAGAGUGAGCGACAAGCAACGUCUGUCUGAGAUUGUUGCUGGCAAGUCGGAGCAGCUCGAAGAUGCUCACUGUGUCCUCAUCACGAAUCCAUCUGAAGGGGCUUGGGAGGACCCCUCUCUGGAGAAGCUGCACUUGUUCUGUGAGGAGAGCCGGAAUCUGAACGACUGGGUUCCCGAAAUCAGCCUCCCCGGACGCUGAUGCGGGAUUGGGCUCCCCUAUGUGAAGCUUCCCAUGUGGCAAAGACUCAUCCUGAUUGACAGGAUGAGGCUGUCUCUGCUCAUCCCUGGAUACUCCUGAGGAGGAUUCCCAAUCCAGGCAGCACGGCGCCGGCCCGAGGGGCCCCCGUGAACCGUCGCCUCUUGUCCCGUCCAUGCCAAGAUGACUCUCAUUCUUUAUGUGAAUGAGGUCAGGUAUGCUUCAAGAGCGACGCAUCGACCCUCAUUCUUUGUGCGGAUGAGGUUUGGAGAGGAAGGAGAAGCGGCGUGUGCGUGCGGUGAGAUCUCGUUCAUGCACGCAGCACACGUCGCUCGUUGAAGCACGCGCAGCAGGAGAAGAAGCGGUGCUGAGGAAGAGGACUUGUUAAAAAGAGACUUUUUAACCAUGGCCUCUUGCAAGACUGAGCAACAUGGCAACAGUUGCAGUCAGCGAAAAUGUUUCCCACUUUCCAGAAUUGUCUUAAUUCUCUAAAGGUUUCACUUUAGAAGUUUAACAACGACAAAAAAAAAGAUAAAUAUUGAAAAAAAAACCUAUGCCUGUUCCCUAAAGGUUUCACUUUAGAAUAUGGCUGAAUUAAAUUAAUGCUAAUUAUAAAAGAAUUGUACUAAAGAGUAUGUCACUUGUGGAAAAAAAAUCUGAUAUUGUUGGAAAAUUUGUGGAAAAGCUGAAUAAAAAAAAAUACAAUUAUAA